AUGUUCAAAAAACUGGUCAAACCUCCAGCCAAGACCGAGCCCGACUUUCGCACCGUCGCUCUGCCUGAAGACAGCGAGACUCUUCUCUCCCCCUACUCGGACCACGAGAAUGGCCUCCCGAAACCCGCCUCACCGCCCAAGCGGCGAAGAAACCUUCUCCCGCUCGCAGUGAUUCUGCCGGCCGUCUUGUGCUUCCUGUUCGGCGUGUGGCUCGGCAACAGCAGCUACCUGCUCGACGCCGACAAGUUCUGCACGCGGCAGGUCCGCCUCUACUGGUCUCCCGUGCUCGACGCCAUCUCGCCCAACUACAGCCCUGUCAAGUUCAACGGCUCCUUCCUGAACGAGAACAUCUACCGGCAGCCGGCGUCCCCGGCCGUCGACGCGGCGUGGGAGGCGCUGGGCAUCAACUACCGGUCAAUGGGAAUCCCAGCCGGCUCGGCAGCCAGCGCGGGGCUGUCGACGUCGCAGCACGUGCAGAUCUCGGGCGAGCACAUGGCGAGCGGCGGGUUCGUGGCGGACCUCGAGGGUUUGCACCACCUGCACUGCCUGGACCUGCUGCGCCAGGGCUUGGGGUGGAACAUUGAGUACUAUAAGGCGCGGGGGACGGGGCCGUGGCGCGACGGCGACGACUUUGCGCGUAAGCACGUUACGCACUGCCUCGACAUCCUGCGGCAGCAACUCAUGUGCGCGCCCGACCUGAGCGUGCUGGGAUCCGUGUGGGUCAUCAAGGACGAGCCGGGCGCCAAGGCGAAGCCGUUUGUCGACUUCAACACGCGGCACAAGUGUGUCGAUUUCGAGGCCGUCAGGGCGUGGGCUGAGGCCGCACAGCUGAACGGGGGCGACAUGAAGGCCGACGGGUUUUUUGUGCAGCCCGGGGAGGGCGAGGCGCAUGUCGGCUUGCCGUAG